CGCAUCGGCUGUUUGACAGGUGGGAGGGCAGCGAGAUGGCGGCGGCCGGCGCUGGCGCAACUCGGCUUCUCCUGCUCUUGCUGAUGGCGGCAGCAGCGCCCAGCCGGGCCCGGGGCAGCGGCUGUCGGGCCGGGGCUGCGGCAAGGGGGGCCGGGGCGGAAAGCCGAGAAGGCGAGGGCUGCGGCACAGUGGGGCUGCUGCUGGAGCACUCUUUUGAGAUCGAUGACACCACCCACUUCCGGAAGCGGGGCUCGCUGCUCUGGAACCAGCAGGAUGGCACCCUGUCCCUGUCACAGCGGCAGCUCAGCGAGGAGGAGCGGGGCCGUCUCCGGGAUGUGGCAGCCCUGAAUGGCCUCUACCGAGUCCGGGUCCCACGGCGCCCUGGGGCCCCUGAGGGUCCAGAAGCUGGCAGCUAUGUCUCCUCCUUUGUCCCUGCGUGCUCCCUGGUAGAGUCACAUCUCUCGGACCAGCUGACCUUGCAUGUAGACGUGGUCGGCAACGUGGUGGGCGUGUCGGUGGUGACACAGCCCGGGGGCUGCCGCGGCCACGAGGUGGAGGACGUGGACCUGGAGCUGUUCAACACCACGGUGCAGCUGCAGCCACCCGCCACUGCACCAGGCCCUGAGACAGCAGCCUUCAUUGAGCGCUUGGAGAUGGAGCAGGCCCAGAAGGCCAAGAACCCUCAGGAACAGAAGUCCUUUUUUGCUAAAUAUUGGAUGUACAUCAUCCCCGUUGUGCUAUUCCUCAUGAUGUCAGGAGCGCCGGACGCUGGGGGCCAGGGUGGGGGUGGUGGUGGAGGUGGCAGCGGGGGCAGUGGGCGGUGAGGGGCUGGGCCGCCCUGGGUCAAUACCUGUGUCCCCUUGCCAGGCGAUGCCCCUCCUGCCCAGAGGUCCCCCCAAGGAUUCACACCGCUCUGUCCCCCGCAUCCUUCUGUGUCAGCCCUUGUUAACCACAGGAGCCACCAGGCCGUCUUGGCGAGUCCCUUCUCUGGCCUCUGUGUCCCUGUUGGGGACAAGUGGCUGCCUUCAGAGCACUUCAGUGUUGGCACGUGCCCAUCUUCUGCCCCCUGCCCUGCAGCCCUGCUGUGCCCCCAUGGGUUCCCUGUACCCACAGAAUAGAGAUCAAGCUCCUACCUCGUGCCCUGCCCCUACCCCCCACUCCUGAGCUGCAGUUUUGGGAACAUGCCGAGUUCUCUCCAGCCUUCGUGCCUUUGGUGUGGUGUUCUCCCUUGGGGACCAUGCUGCCAGCCUCACUGGACAGGUGGUCCCGCCCAGGCGCUGAGGGCAACUGCUGAUUCACUGACACUGGAUGGGGCUGUAGCCCCUCGUCUGUCUUCCCCUGAGGGUAGUGGACCUCCCUGCAGAGCCGGGCCUGGAACAGAGCAGGAGCACAGGGGCUGCGGGGAUGGGGUCAUGGUCUGACCGUCAAGCUCACCUCGAUCUGCCCAGUGCCCAUGGCCAAGAGGCUCUGCGCAGGAGUUUAGGAUCCCUGCCUGCAGGAGGGCUUGAAGAAAUGUUUUAAGUUUAAAAGCAAGAAACAAAAAGUUCGUGGACACAAGGGCCAGAUGAUGUACAUAGGACCCCUUUGGCCUUGACCUUGAGGCUCUGGAAGGUCCAACCUGGUACACGGCCAUAGGAGGCCAUGCUGGGGCCUUUGUUGUUGACCCCCCCCCCCUUCUUUUUACCUGUUUAAAAUCAUGGACAAGACAAUGUAUUGGAAUGUAUAAGAUAAUAUAUUGAAAUGCGUAAACGUUUUGAAAAGCUGUAAUUUCUCAGUAGCCAAGUGCAACUGUUUCCUUUUUUGGGUACAAGCUAGUUGCCUGUACAGGCUUCAGGCUUCUGCUUAAUAGAUGAUUCAGAAACCCCAGACAAACAUGGCCAGCGUCAUCUGUCAUAACAGCUGUAUGAUGCUCUGCUGUGUCAUGUGGCAGGUUAUUAAACUUUUCCCUAAAUAUUUGACAUUGAACCUACUUCCUGUUUUAUGUGCUUGUAAAUAGUGCUACAAUGAAUGCUGUCUCUCUUUGGUGUGAGUUUGAAUUAUUUCCUUGGGACGAAUGACUGAAAGUGGAAUUACUGUGGCAGAUUAAAUAAUGUUUUAUGAAUAAAUAAUACAUCCAUGUGGCUCAGCUGUCAAAACAGUAUAAAAAGGUACAUGGUGCUAAGUGUUGUUUGCCCCAAUCACUUGUAUCUGUUUUUUAUUUUCCCUCCUAGAGUGUCUUUAUGCCAGUGUAAGCAACUAUGAAUGUAUGUUACUUCCCCGUUUGUAACACAGAAGGUAGCGUAUCAUGUAUACCUUGUCCUGCACUUCUUUUUUUUUUCCUCUUUCCUGGUACAUUCUGGAGAGCUUUCCUUCUCAGCGUGUAGAGAGUGUCAUAGCUGUUUGUCACAGCUGCAUAAGGACGUGCAGAGAGGAUGUACCAGUAUUUAGCCUGUCCUUCACAAGGGGGACACUUCCAUUGUGCAUGGAUGCAGUUAGUAUAGCUAGGAUAACCAAACCAGUUGCCAUCAAGUCAGCUCCAACUCAUGGCAACCCCAUGUGCGUCACAGUAGAACUGUGCUCCACAGGGUUUUCAAUGGCUGAUUUGUC